GCAUAUCUAUUAAAAUAUAUAUCAUUAAAAACUGAGCUUCUUAUUGAUUGGAUUUUAUUCUGUUAUUGUUCAAAGGAGCCAAAGUAUUUACACAGUUAUGUCCUUAUCAAUUAUAUCAAAUCAUAUUUUCUGGGUGCUUACUCAACAAGCGAUGGUCGCUUGGGGGUGUUCGAGAAAGAUCUAGUAGAUGACCAGCCGGAGAUGGAAACUUUCGAAGUCGAACUAGUCAAGGAUCAACAAGGACUCGGAGUCACCAUCGCCGGAUACGUCUGCGAAAAAGAAGAAAUUUCUGGAAUUUUUAUAAAAAGCAUUGCAAAGGGAAGCGCAGCUGAUAUGUGCGGUCAGAUUAGAGUAAAUGAUCAAAUAAUUGAGGUUGAUGGUCGCCCUUUACACGGCUAUACCAAUCAUGAUGCUGUUGAAGUUUUGAGAAGCACGGGUAAAUCUGUAAAACUACGUUUGGCAAGGUACCUCAGAGGAGCAAAAUAUCAGCAACUUCAAAUGGCAAUCGCUACAGGUGAACUAAGUUAUCCCUCACUUCCAUCUGUUCAAGCCCAAGUUCAUGAAUCAGAUGACGAUUAUGCAAGGCCACUGUCCCCAAAAGUAGAGGCAGCUAUUCAAGCCAAAUGGAGUAAAAUUGUUGGCCCUGAGUUUGAAAUAGUGGUUGCUCAAUUGUCAAAGUUUCGUGAAGGAGGGGGUCUAGGCAUUAGCUUAGAAGGCACUGUAGAUAUUGAAGAUGGUCAGGAAGUAAGGCCACAUCACUACAUAAGAUCCAUUUUACCUGAGGGGCCAGUCGGUGUUAAUGGAAAGCUGAAUGGAGGAGAUGAACUACUAGAAGUGAACGGAGAAAAGUUGUUGGGAAUGGACCACCAAGGUGUAGUUUCAACACUAAAGGAACUACCAAUGCAUGUGAGAAUGGUGUGCGCUCGUCGUCUGCUGGUCACUGAAGACGAGAUUCUUCCGUCCUUGGGCGACUACUCUCAUCCGUACCACAAAGAAUACGACCUAUCAUCAGUUCCAGACUUCAUUGGGCGUGGCAUGUUGUCUGGACCUUUCGGUGGCAGCCUUACAUCGCUUAACCCUUCUUCUGAGAGACUAGUCAAAGCAAAGUCUGAUGGUUCCCUGGCCAUAGGAACAGCUGCCUCCUCUCCUCCCAUGGAAGUUGCACUCUCUAAGUUAAAAUCUCGUUCACUUGAACCACUCACUGGACUGGCCAUGUGGAGCAGUGAGCCUCAAAUCAUCGAACUUAUGAAGGGAGACAGGGGUCUAGGUUUCAGCAUACUUGACUAUCAGGAUCCCAUGAAUCCUAAUGAGACGGUGAUAGUGAUCAGGAGCUUGGUGCCUGGUGGUGUUGCUCAACAAGAUGGACGCCUGAUACCUGGAGACAGGCUGCUGUUUGUUAAUGACAUUAACCUAGAGAAUGCUAGUCUUGAUGCUGCGGUGCAAGCACUGAAGGGUGCACCGAAAGGAAUUGUACGCAUAGGUGUUGCCAAGCCCCUCCCCCUUCCCGAGAGUGGCCAGAGCGGACAGAUGUCUUUGGAAAAUAGUCCCACAUUGCCAGAUUUAAAGUCUUCAUUUGAGCUACCACAUCUUUUGUCUCGUCUCAAUCUUAGUUUGGAGCUUGAUCAGAGAUCCUUCUUCAAAAAUCAAAUCCAAGAACAGCAGGUGGCGCCAUCUAUUGAACAUAACAUUUUUCUUCCACAUGACUUCAACAUAUCUCCUGUAAAAACAAUUCGAAUCAAGAAAGGAUCAGAUGUUUUUGGUUUGAGCGUCAGCCUCGUGGAUUCUGUGGGUGUCAUGGUCACAUCCGUUACGCCUGGCAGCGCCACUGAUCAGGAUGGCCGGCUGAAAUCGGGAGAUAUAUUGGCUUCCAUAAAUGGCUGUUCCUUACUCGAUGCCGAAGCUCGAAGAGUCGGAGAAGUUCUAAGAAAUGUCGACAAAUCAACAUCUGAUGUUAUAGUUCAAUAUAUACCAGCUGAUCCCCCGGAAAGUUCUCCUAAUGCAUCUUCAGAUACUUACUCUUUGUUGACAAGGAACUUCAAAAAAUCUGACGAAGAAGAAGAGGAAUUUUACGAUGUGCCUGAAACAGAACCGCCUGAUCCUUUCACGAAUCCUCCACCUUCCUAUUCUUCUUUAGUGUCCGAAGUUCAGAGCUUACUUCUACAACGAACUGAAACAUCCCCAUCCUUACAAAAGCAAUUCCUAAAGAGGAGCAGUCCGGUGCCCACUGCAGCACGUCCUGUAUCCGAAACUAAAAUCUCUCCAAUCCAACUUCCUCAGAAACCUAAUGCUAUAAUAGCUGCUAAGCCUACUGCCGGCUUGUCCACGUCUUCUGAGACAGUUUCUGUUGUUUCUUCUAAAGAACCGGAUGCUAGGAAUAUAGUAAGCCAAGUAAAGCCUACAGUGCCUUUCAAGCCUAUCAGGGCAUCUUUGUCUCCUAAAGAUAUCCUGCCCGCCAAAGCCAAAUCCAAGUCGUCGACAAUCGAGAGUCUGAUGGCAGAAACUAAUGCAGCCAAUAUAGCCCGUCAGUGGGGAGGAGAGCGAAAUGUAGAAUUGAUACGAGAUGCAGUGAAAGGUUUAGGAAUCAGCAUUAUAUCUGGCAAAGUAGAUACCGUCCAUGGAGGUAUUUUUAUAAAGAAUGUUUUGCCGGAUAGUCCUGCUGGAUGGAAUGGUACCCUAAGGAGGGGAGAUCGAAUACUGGAGGUAAGCGGUAUAGAUAUUAGAAAUGCUGGUCAUUCCAAAGCCGUGGAAGUGAUAAAAAAUGCUCCCAAUCCUGUGAAUUUCCUUAUACAGAGCUUAGUGCCUAUGUCUAGAAAAAGUGAUGUGGAAACACCACCCAUUUCAAGUGCUGCAUUAGAAGUUCCAAAUGAUAACACCAAAGACAAUCCACUUAAAAAUGACGCAUCGGACAUCAAAGUAGCAUCUAUACCAAAACUAUUGUCAGCACAUUCUCCAAGUGAUACAUCUUCUCAAGUUUCGAACGCACAAUCUGCUUCCUCGUCCACUUCGUCCUCUCGAGAGUCCACUAUCAAACGAAGGACAUCUUCCAAAAGGACAUCUCCAGUCACCGUUGACCCCUCUACAAAACUGUCCGUCGAUAGUCCUGAUAUAGUUACUCCGUCCACUGAGGAACUGAAAAACGAAUCCAAGACAGAAGACAGCUUUAGAAACAUAAUUCAAAAAUCUGUCGAAAGUAGCAAUGGUGAAGAAGAUGAUUUCACUGAUCUACCUGAAGGGAAAGUUCUUACUAAGAAAGGAAAACAGAUAGACAAUUUAAGUGCCGGCAAUUUAAAACUUAGCCCUUCAGAAGAAGAUUCCGAAUCGGAAGAUGAAUUUGGUUACACUCAAAAAAAAGCACAUAAGAAAUAUGGUGACAUGAAAGGAGACUUGAUUUUUGUUCACUUGAUUAAAGGGUCCAAUAAAUUAGGCCUUAGUUUAGCUGGCAACAAAGAUCGCACAAAAAUGAGUGUCUUCGUUUGUGGAAUGCAUCCAAAAGGAUUAGCUUUCAAAGAUAGCCGCAUCAAGAUCGGCGAUGAACUUCUCGAGGUAAAUGGAGUUGUUGUGUAUGGACGAUCUCACCUAAAUGCCUCAGCCAUGAUUAAAAGUCUCUCUGGAACGAGUUACAAGAUAUUGCUAUUGAGGAGGGAUGGAGCGAUUGAUGAAAUGGCUGUUAAACCUUUAACGCAGUUUCCAUCUGAGCUUGACGAAGAAGCCGCUGAGGAUAAAUAUUGUCAUUACAGAGGAAUGCAUACAGUAACUGUACGAAAGGCUGGCUUGAGUGUAGGUGAUAUGAUUUUAGCGGCUAAUGAAACGGAUCUUGUUGGAGCAGAUUUUGAUACAGCAUCUACUGUACUUAAACAAGCCGAAGGUCUUUUAACGCUUAUAGUAGCCAAUCCCAAUAAACCAUCUCCUGGUUACAUAUACGAGGAGGAAAGGAAAUCUGCUGAAAUUAUUGAAAGGAAUCAAGAGAAGAACCUGACUAUGAAGGUCUUAGAUAAAAAGAAAGAGAAAAGUCACCCUCCCCUUCCACCUCCCAAGCCCACCUUUCUUGCUACAAAUACCUCAGAAACUAAAUCUCAAACACACAAUUCUCCCGAAACACUUCCUGUAACCGAGAGUAUCGAUUCUGUGGCCAAAACUGAGGAUACCAAUGGUAAUGAUGCUCUGUCUUUUCAAGAGGAGACCGAGCCGCUGUCGGAUCCCAAAAAAUGCGAUAUCAAGCCAGGCAGGGAGACAACAAUAGAGAUAACCAAGGAGAAGAUUGGCUUAGGACUCAGCAUUGUCGGUGGAUCAGAUACGCCUCUGGGAGCAGUGAUAAUACACGAAGUUUAUCCAGAUGGAGCUGCUGCUUUGGAUGGUCGUUUAAGGCCCGGGGAUCAAAUAUUAGAGGUGAACGGAGAAGAUCUGCGAGAUGCCCUUCAUGAACAUGCAAUCACUGUACUGAGACAGACACCAACAGUUGUUCAGAUGCUGGUAUAUCGCGAAGACAGCCAGAAUCAGGAUGAAGAGGCCUUCGAGACGCUGGACGUUGAAUUGUACAAGAAGUCUGGGAAAGGUCUUGGCCUAAGCAUUGUUGGACGAAAGAAUGGACCAGGCGUAUUCAUAUCAGAAGUCGUCAAAGGAGGCAUAGCUGAAGCUGAUGGUCGAUUAAUACAAGGAGAUCAAAUUUUAGAAGUAAAUGGUCAAGAUUUAAAAACUGCUACACAAGAGCAUGCAGCUGCAGUUCUGAAAACUACAAUGGGAAGAAUUCACAUGAAAAUUGGUCGUCUAAAAGCAGGUUCUAGAAGAAGCACUUCUUGUUUAACAACGACUCCUAAAAUAAAGGAAAACAUGGACACCCCAGCUGAAUUCAAAACCAUUUCUCUGGAGCGAGGAUCUGCUGGCUUAGGCUUCAGCAUCGUCGGAGGAUAUGGCAGCCCCCACGGGGAUCUUCCGAUUUACGUGAAAAAAGUGUUCGACAACGGUGCUGCGGCCAAGGAUGGUCGUCUGAAGCGAGGUGAUCAGAUUCUAAGUGUCAACGACCGCAGCCUGGAAGGCCUAUCCCACGAGGAAGCAGUCGAAAUCCUGAAGAAAGUCACUGGAAGCGUCGUGCUUUCAGUACUAUCCUAGUUGCAAAUGUCGGCGGUGUGUUUGUACAUUCCUAUUAAACAAGUGAGAAAUGAGGAGAUAUAACGAAAAGACUGGUGCUUUUUCUUGUUAGAAAAUAAAUAUUCUAUAUACCUGCACAACCUCAAAAUUAACUGCAACCGUGGCAGCUGUCUUCAACCCGAAGAAUCUUCUGAACUGAGGUUCCGUUUUACAUAAAAUGUACAUUCAUUUAACAAUCAGAGAGAAAUGAUUGAAACUUUUGAGAUGGCUCAAAUAUUUUUUAAUCUCAGGUACAAUCACAGUGAUUUGUGCUUGAGAACCGCAAAGACUUUUUCAUGUUGUAUCAUGAUAUUGUGCCUUUUUUGUUCCCAUCAGUUUGCAUUGAGAAAAGAAGUUAAAUCAUAAUCAAAGCUAGUGAAGCAAAUUUGUUAAACAAUAUUCUUGCAUCCAUUAGAAGAAUAUUGCUGAAGAGUUGUUUCCACUUUUAUUCUUUUUUCGGAUGAAAUUGUAAAUCGUAAGCUUUAUCCAUAAACCGUUUCUUCGUUUUAAAACUUAUUGCCUUAAUUGUUGACACUUAUGUAGAUUAUUAAUUUGGUUCAUUUAUAGUUUAAAUAUUUAUAUGUGUUAGUUUCUAGGCUAUAUUAUUCCUUUAUUUGUCAUAAAAUGUUCUGUAUGCCGGGGUGUCCGUACAACUAACUACUGUAUUGAUAAAGAUCAUGAAAUAUUCUGAGUUGACUAAACUUUUGAGUUCUAGAAAAGUUUCGUAAAUCAUUAUUCAAAAACUGAAUCCAUUUUUCUCGAAGAGCCUUUAUUUAUAAAUUAAUGAAUAGGGUUUUCCAUAAUUCCCUUCCUUAAUAUUUAAAAAAAUUUUAAAAGAAAAUAAAGUAAAUUUUUAUAAAAAAUAAAGUAAAAAAAUGCAUUUGAAAUCGCAAAUUAUUAUUUAAAUUAAAAAAUAAAAUUUUUAUCUGAUGAAUCAGAAAUAUCAAUCAUCAUAAAGGCAUGAUUAAAUUCUCUAAAACUGGUUUGAUUGUCAAAUGAAUCGGAAAUAUGCUUCUAAUAAUCGCUUUAAAAGUUCCUUUCAGCAGUAAAACUGGUUUUAUUUUAUUUAUUU